AUGGCAAACAUUGCACGCGAAUAUCUUGAAGAAUCCUUAGAUUUGCGUCGAAACAUGGACGACAUAAAUGUAUGCAGUAACAACGAGGAUUUAAAUAAAGUUGCGACGGUGGAUUUCCAGGAUAAACCGCGGGAAAAUGAGAGUAUACUAACAAAUUCAUCAUCGUACGUGCUGGCGCGCAAUGAUAGCCAAUUGAGCGGUGAUGUAGAUCGAUGGUUAAGAGACUCACCCACUGAAGUUCCAAUCGUGAGGAGUAGUGGAGUACCUAGUGGGCAAAGAACAGCUCUGACCUCGACUCGUGAGUCUUUAGUGAGCAACAGUUUCUGGUACUUGGCAGCGUUGGUACUGCCUCUGUUCAGUGCGAAUACCUACCCGCAAUGGAGAUGUUCACCCAAUGCAAUUUUAAAUACAGCAGGAUUAUUAGUUACUCAGGUCGGACAUGCUUGUGGUCGUGUAAGAUGUCAGAUACGCCGCUUGACUGAAAACACUUUGACCAGAGAUAUCUUUGCGACGGCAAUGGACAUGAUUCUAGUUGUCUAUGCUGUGGGAUUCCUUAUUCUCUCCAUGUAUCAGGCAUCGCUUAUUGGUUGA